CUGAUACUAGAUCUGAAAGCUUUCUGGAUCUGUCAAGAGCCCUGCUUUUCUACGCAUAAUAUCUCCACUCCACCUGAUUCAACAAAGAGGACAAACGCAGUGUUCUAGUGCAGCGUUUGAGUUUUCCAGGCUGUCAUUGUGUUUGCCAGUGUUUGUACUGGAGCUCAGCGUACUGUUUAGGAGAGAGAGAGGGAGAGAGAGAGAGAGAGAGAGAGAGAGAGAGAGAGGGGUGUGAAAGUGAAGCUCUAUCAGUCUUUGCGGACUGGAGGUUCAAAAACAGCGGAAGAGAGAAAGAGAAAGAGUAAGAGAGAGGGGAAUCAAUCAGCCAUGGCAAAUAUCGCUGUGCAGAGGAUCAAGCGAGAGUUUAAGGAAGUGCUGAAAAGCGAAGAGACAAGUAAAAAUCAAAUAAAAGUAGAUCUGGUGGAUGAAAACUUCACAGAGUUAAAGGGUGAAAUAGCAGGACCACCAGACACACCAUAUGAAGGAGGCAGAUAUCAGCUAGAAAUCAAGAUUCCUGAGACAUAUCCUUUUAAUCCACCCAAGGUGCGGUUUAUUACUAAGAUCUGGCAUCCAAAUAUAAGUUCAGUUACCGGGGCGAUAUGUUUGGACAUUUUAAAAGACCAAUGGGCUGCCGCUAUGACUCUGCGAACAGUCCUGCUCUCACUACAGGCUCUGUUAGCUGCUGCAGAGCCAGAUGAUCCUCAAGACGCUGUAGUAGCCAAUCAGUAUAAGCAGAAUCCAGAAAUGUUCAAACAAACUGCCCGCCUCUGGUCUCACGUUUACGCUGGUGCUCCCGUGUCCAGUCCUGAGUACACACGCAAAAUAGACAAACUUUGUGCAAUGGGCUUUGACAAAAAUGCAGUAAUAGUAGCCUUGUCCUCAAAAUCAUGGGAUGUGGAGACAGCGACAGAGCUGCUACUAAGCAACUGAUCAUCCAGUUCUCUUCAUCAGGCCAUUUUUCCCUCAAACCCCUCCUGCUUCAUGACCCAUUCACUCCUGCCCAACCAUCCACACGUGCAUCAGCCAUCUUGGUUUGUGUUCAGAGUGAAUGUUUGGGUAAGAUCAGCAGUUAGACUGCAAAACAAUUAGCCAUCUUCCACCUCUAGCAAAUGUUCGCGUCUUUUUCUUCCCACCAUUUUCACUUUCAAUUUUUUGCCUUGGUACAAUCAUUUUCCCUCUUAAAUUUAGGCCGUCACUUCCCUUUUAAAGAAACCCAACAAAGACAAAGCCUGUAUCACUGUCAUUUCACUCUAAAAGAAACUCCCACUUGCAUCUGUGAAACAAUGUUAGUACAUGUAAAUGAGUAUAUUUAAGGUUGUGUACAUUUAAAAGGCAGAAUAGCAGGAAUGUUUUUUUUUUCUCUUCUAUCUGUACACCAUAAAAUUGUUUUGGGAUAUGCUUAUUUGAAUAGGAUAUUUAGUAUAUAAAAACAAAAAUCUUUGCGAUUAAUAAGACCCCUUCUAUUUGAUGAACAAAUGUGUGAUUUUAUUUGCUCAUUUGAUUAUUUUAAUGUUUCUUUUGGCUUUUCUUUGCACUAAUCAGUCAGUAUAGUAGUUGAAAUGGCCAGAUGACAUGGUGUUACAUUGUGAGUGCAGACACGGUUUCAAACUUGCUGGGUAAAGUGUUAAUUUUUUUUUUU